AUGUAUGAAAGUUCAAUUGCUACCUCCAUGAUCGCUGCCUUGCAUAUUCUUUGUCCUGGGCCACGGUAUACACACUCCCUUUGUCCCACGAUUGGCAUUCAGCAGGUUCGAGAAGAAUGCCUUGUUCCGCAUAAAUUCAACGGAGAACCCAUUGUCCAGCUUCGCACUUCACGGCUGCACUGCAUCACUCGCCGCGACACUCGCAACCUUGUUUAUAAACAUGGCCUCCCUCUUUCAUCCUUCAUCACCACUCGACGAGACUGCUACCACUCAGAGCACCAGCACCCUCGAAGUCGUACUACAGAACAUCCGAUAGCAACCGCUUCUCCUCGAACAGACGUGCAGCUAGCAACCAUCACCAUGUCGUCCGCCAGCGAGGACUUCGACGCCGAAAACAUCUUUCGAGGAAACUCGGCCUUGGGUGCUGAGAACCCGGCCUUUGGCGAUCAGCGCAAGGCUGGAAAGAAUGCGAUUGCGAUUGCUGAUAUCGAGGACGCCUUGCUCUUGUCAUCAAAGUAUACUAACGCGGAGCUGUCCCGCAUGACCGAACGCAGCGAGACCCAGAUCGACGGCAUGAUUAAGCUCUCGAUCACUAAGGUGGCUAAAUUUCGUGGUGUCGAUCGCGCUGAAGUCAAGGGUGCUUUCGACGAUGCCCGACUGUCCAACGGAGUCAACUUGCGCCGCUCCCGCGAGAUUUCGGUCGUUGGCGCCGUUGGCGACAGCAAGGGUAGAUCGCUCUCACCAGCUUCUCAGGGUGGCAUGACCGACCGCGUGCAGGAGGACGAGGACAUGGGAGGUAUGGAGGAUGCGGUCGAGGAAGAUCCGGUGCAGCAAGAACCAGAAGCAAGCAUCGUGACCGCCGAACAUACCGUCACGGCGGUGUCCCAGAGCGAGGGCGAGCAAGCUGCAAGAACUCACCGAGGAGGAGGACGCAGCCUUCACUAUGCUGAAGCUGGCUGGCGUGCUCAAGAUGGCUUGACGCGAGAGGUUACACAAGGCAUUGGCCUGCGCACGGCCGCUCCUUGGAAGCGCGGGCAGGGCAGAUUUGAGCUUCAGAAUCGAAGAAUAAAACUUCUAUGGGUACGUUGUCCCACUUCUCCUGCCAUGUUCAUGAGCUGGUCUGUGCUUCUCCAUUCAUGGUCUCGCAGCACGCGUUUGCAGCCUUCUUCCCGAAAAGUCGCACUUCUUCGGAAGAAAGGCCUUGCCCCAAACAAUUCGACUCGAGACACAAACUUCGUACUUUCAGCGAGACACGCGUUUGCAGCCUUCUUCCCAAAAGUCGCACACACAGCCCUCGUACUUUCAACAAGGCACACGACCAUGUCUCAGACCAACGCCCGCAGCCUUGCAGACCGAGGCGCGACCCAAGGCGACACAUUCGCGAGUCUGAUCAAUGUCACUAGCAGCCCAGCACCUGUUGCACCUGUUGCCGCCGAUGGCGAUACCAGCAACGAGAACGCAUCUCAUGCCAUGGAUGGCUCGACUGCACUCGAUUCUCUCUUCGCCCGUAACCCAACCGCACCUGUGAGCCAGAUGUCCCUGAUCAACACUGGAGGGUCUAUCCGUCGAUUCUCGGAUGAGGAACACGAGAACUGGCUCCUCCUGGCCGCCGAGAACACAUUCGAGGAGCUGAUGCUCGAAGGCAAUUUGGGAGCGUCCGAUGACAAGUCCAAGCGCCUCAAGGUCCGCAACCUGACUGAACGCGCCAUCAGACAUGUCGCCGAGAAGCUUGGCGUCAAUCAACACAGUGUCAGAAAUGCGCUCAACCAAGCGCAGAUUGCCAAUGAGGUUCCACAGCGUAGACAUGCUCUGAGUCAGCAGAGAAAGAAGGAAACUCUUAAGAAGAAGGAGGAAGAAAGCAGCGGAAAUCAGGCGAUGGCUUCGGCACAGUGUCUGAAACCACCUAUGGCCACAAACAAUGCGACCUCGAAUAUCCCGAUGCUAUCACUGCCUGCACUAAACAGCGCUGCGUCGGGCAGCGCUUCUCCCAACCUGCCAUAUUAUGGCCAAGGUCUGGGUCCGCUGUUCUCGACUCCGACUCCGAGCUUGGCAGGUCUGAUUCCAUCGUAUCAGCCUGAUCAAAUGACUACAACUCAAGGUGCUUGGAGGCCAGUCGAGACCACCUCAGCCCAAACUCCAGCUUCUUUUUCUUCUUCUUCCUCUUCAAUGUCGGCGGACACUGAACUGGAGCUGUUUGGUGAGAUUGUGGAGGAGGAGGAGGAGGAGGAGGAGGAGGAGCAGCGCGAGGACGUCAUCGGACCAGGUCAAGAGCCAUUGACGGCGGAAGAGGACUGUGCAAUGUCCAUGAUGAAGCUGGCUGUGAGGUACAUGUCUCGCUCUCCUUGUUCUGCUUGGAAGUCCGAUGCUGAGAUUCGCACAUCCGCGCUCUUGCUCUUGCCUUCGGUAGCUCCCGCAUCAAAGCGCGUAACACUUAUUAUAUACAUGAUAGAAUUGCCAGCAGCCAAUCAAGUCAGACUGCUCAAAAUUGGACGCUGGGGUUCGUUUGGAUUUGGUCCUUCUUCGAUGAACUUCGGUUCUAGAGGACUGGAGCUGGGAGUGCGGCUUCUCUUUUGUCGUUUUGUGGGACUGUUGAACGAUCCUUCCCAUCGAUGA